GUUGGCGAGACAGGCUCCGGUUCCACAGAUCCGCCUCCCGCUUUUAACGAUGACCACAUCCGUCCCUGGGAAAAAAGGCCGAGCAAACUCUCAUGCCCACACAGCUACAACACAAGGACACGAUGGAGCUUUUGGAGGAGGACCUCACGUGCCCAAUCUGCUGCUGUCUGUUCGAGGACCCGCGCGUUCUGCCCUGCUCUCACAGCUUCUGCAAGAAGUGUCUGGAGGGUAUCCUGGACGGUAACCGGAGCCCUGUAUGGAGACCACCGUUCAAAUGUCCGACCUGUCGGAAGGAGACUGUCCACAACGGCAUCGCGAGCCUGCAAGUCAAUUACUCUUUACGCGGCAUCGUGGAGAAGUACAACAGGAUUCGAGUGAUGCCGAGGAUGUCUCUGUGCAGAGUUCACAGCGGGCAGCCGCUCAACAUCUUCUGCGCUACGGAUCUGAAGCUCAUCUGUGGCUUUUGCGCCACGACAGGUGAUCAUAAAGGGCACAAGUUUUGCGCACUAGAGGAGGCGUACGAACGGGAGAAGCUCGCGUUUGAGGAGUUGUUUCGCGUCGUGGAGGGCUGGAAGGACGCGGAGGUGCAUUCGUGCCUGAAAUCGUUAGAGGGUGCAAAGAAGAAAGCGCUGGAGAGGGUCUCGCGGGAUGCGGAUCGAGUCUCCGAAUACUUUGACAAACUUCUGCGCACGCUGGAGCACAAACGGAGCGAAAUCCUUUCGGAUUUGGAGACUCUGAAGCUGGCAGUCAUGCAGACCUUUGACCCCGAGAUCAACCGGCUGCGCUCAGCGCUCGAGGAGCAGCGGCGCGCGCUCAACAUCGCCGAAUCCUUCCGUUCGCUCUCGGACCCGCUUACUUUCCUCCAGCAGAUGCAGGACUUCAGAGAAAAGCUGCGCGUCAUUCAGGAAACACCACUGCCGUCCCGCACUGACAUGGACGUGAGUUUGUCUUCCUUGCAGAGCUUUGAUGUGAAGGAAUGGGACCGGGUCCGUCUUGGACAGUUGGACAAACUUUGCUCACCCUACGAGAGCAGCGCGUACCUGUCAUCUCUGCCCCCGACUGCCGCUCCGCGCUUCACCCGCGUGAUGUGGAGAGUUGUCCUGGUUGUGUGUGCGUGCCUACCCGCGCUGAACUUUCUUCCGUCGGACUGUCUCGCUCUGAGCUUCCAGGAUAAAGUGGUCGCACUCGGCGGCUUUUCUUUGCCCAGUCCUGGAGAGAUUGUGCGCUGGCUCGGAUUCUGCUGGAAAGAAGCGGCCGCGAUCUGCACACUACUGACCGAGCUGUGUCGGAACUUUAUCUUGGACCUGAUAAAUACAACAUCAGAUUUCAUCAGCUGAUUUUGUUACUCCAUUCAUUAGGUACUUUUUAAAAACAAAUGUACUUUAAUGUGCCAACCUUGAAUAUCCUGUCGAAUUUUGUAGCAUUGGGAAUUUUAGUGUUUGUCUGUUUUUAAAUUUGUAACAAUCCGUGGGCUAUUAAAUUGCACAUUUUCUGUUGCCAUUAAUUACAAAAAGAAAAAAAGUGGAUGGAUCAUCUUUAAUGAGAGAACACUCCCAUAAUUAAAAUGCAUUGUUACAAAACUAGAUAAUCUCCGCAAUUUUCCCUCAAAUAUAAGCAUUUUAAUUAUAUUUUUGCUCAUUGCAGUUUAGAAAAUACGGCUGUUAAGUAAAAUUAACUAAAACACAAUGAAUUUAACACGAACACUGAUUCCUGUUGUGCAUUGAUAUCUUUUAUCUACCUUUGAGCGAGUUAUCAGGAUACUCAAGGUUAAACGUUACGUAACCCAAUGUCAGACUCACAACAGGACAGUGAAUUCGGUCCUUAAGAGAAUCACUUCUGAAUCCUCAAAUAAAUUAUAACUGAGAAGGAACUUGCAUUCGUUGUACAUUACAAUUAUAUUAAUGUUGCGUACCUAAACUUUUGUGUCGGUACAAAACAUUUCAAAGCUCUUAUGACCAAAUGCUUCCAGAACAUCAACUGAAUUGAUUCGUGAGAGCAUUUUUUUCAUUUGAUAUUCUGAUUAAUAAACAGAGCUCAAAAUGUUUAGCACCCAAGAACUACACAAAGCCAUAACUGUUUAAAGAAACUAAAAAAGGAGAAGGGAUCCCCUUUUUCCCCUCAGUGUUUAAACAGGAAUCCUGAGAGAAUCUCGGACGACUCUGUUCUGCUAUGACGUCACCGCCGGAGCCCUGCGCGCGUCAUCGAACAUAUAUUUAGCCGACUGUUGCCAGGCGAAUUGAGGAUGAAAAGUGAAAUUACCUACGUUUCCCUAGUUCACCAAAGAACAACUUACGUAAUCUAAAAUAAAUUUAAUAACAGUACAUUUAUUAAUAGGCUAAAUAUAUUUAUUUCAGAAGCAGAAUGCAUUGCCGACAAUUAGGAAGCUCACUCUGAAAUGGCGCCAUGUUAUGUAAUUCCAGUUCUUCGAUUUUCAUUAUUUUAAACUAGUGUAACAUUGCAUCUUUAUAUUAAUUACACCACCUUGACCAUCACGUAUUUGCUUUGCACCUCUAACUAAUUACACCACUAACAAUGUUGCUUCAAGUGGGUAAAAGGCAGUCUUGCCGAACCUGCAUGUGUAUUUUUCCUUUACCAGUAAAUUGCCUUUGUUUUAUGUUUUUAAUGUUGACCAAGUGUUGUCAAUAAUUGCCUGUCAAUAAUCAUCUUUUGAUGAAUCGGUGCACUUACAUGUUUUCCCUUUUUCAAAAUUGUCAUAAGGACUGUACGACUCUAAAUAAACUUUACAUCACACAUGUGAA